AUGAGAAGGAGUUUCAUCACGCUCGCCCAAAGCGGAUUUCCCCCGGUCCGCGUGCACAUUGAAUUCAUAGGGGGCUUCAAUAUCUCUUCAAUUAGCCCAUCCCGUCAAGCCCUUAUUCUUCCGAUGUCUCUCACGGAGAGUAUAGAAGUUGGUCCUUUAUUAAUUAGUAAAAGCAAGCUAUCGCACUGGGUAGCUACUCCUUGUUGGGUAGCCCCUCGGAUAUGGUAUAUUGUAGGUCUCCAGCGUUGGCGCACUUCUUCUUUCGACAGAAUCUCUCUUCUCGAGUGUUGCUGGUACUUUGAAUACUUAUUUCACCCUUGGUACUGGAUAAGAAGGCUAUGUAUGUAG